GGCAUCCGGCGGCCACUUCACCUGUGUGAUGACUUAACUGUGUGAAAUCUGUCUUGCAGAAACAGUUCGGAUGCUCAGUGUGCUCUGGUGUUUCUCUGCUGCUGAGCUGACUGACAGUAAAAGCUGAAACUGCAGGUAGAAAAAAAGAUACUUUGAGGUCCCGCUUGUUUCCGCAGCGGGUUGGUUAGAUCCGACGCAGCGACUUGUUGCCCCAGCGGAGCUCUGAGGGGCCCUCGGUUGUUGUGUUGCGUGUCCGAUAUACAAGUCAGCCACAGGACUUAAAAGCCUGCUGUAAGGAUGAUGUCCUACAUAAAGCAACCCCAUUACACUAUGAAUGGGUUAAAUUUGCCUGGCCCCGGAAUGGACGUGCUACACACAACUGUCGCUUAUCCAUCCACUCCCCGGAAGCAGCGCAGAGAGCGCACCACCUUCACCCGGACACAGCUGGACAUUCUGGAGGCAUUGUUCUCUAAGACCCGCUACCCAGACAUCUUCAUGAGGGAGGAGGUGGCCCUCAAGAUCAACCUGCCCGAGUCACGUGUGCAGGUUUGGUUUAAAAACCGCCGUGCCAAGUGCCGUCAGCAGCAGCAGCAGAGCAGUGGCCAGUCCAAGCCCCGCCCACCUAAAAAAAAGGCCUCUCCAGUGCAGGAACCCAGCGCCCCUGAUCCUGUCCCUAACCCACCUGGCUCCUACAGCCCCUCCUCUGCCCAGUCAGGCCCCAGCCUGGCCCCGAGCUCCAGCACUGGAAACACUGCCGUGUCCAUCUGGAGCCCGGCCAUCUCGCCGCUGCCUGACCCACUGGCCUCCUCCUCGGCCCCCUGCAUGCAGCGGCCCUCACCUUACCCUAUGAGCUAUGGCCAGCCGUCUGCCUACACCCAAGGCUACGCCAGCACCACCUCCUACUUCACCGGCCUGGACUGCAGCGCCUACCUGUCCCCCAUGCACUCGCAGCUGUCAGGCACCGUGGGCGCCCUCAGUCCCAUCACUGUGCCCUCAAUGGGGGGCUCCCUAAGCCAGUCCCCAGCCUCGCUGUCUUCACAGGGCUACAGCACAGCCUCCUCCCUGGGCUUCACCUCUGUUGACUGUCUGGACUACAAGGACCAGCAGGCCUGGAAACUGGGCUUCACCACCAUGGACUGCCUGGACCAUAAGGACCAAAACUCCUGGAAGUUCCAGGUCCUCUAAAGAGCAGGAAAGGGUGGUGUUCAUGUGUGUCAACAAGUCCAUGUGAGAUAGUGUGAAGCAGUUCUGCCAGAAGACUUGUUAACUUUGAUUUUCAGUUUUUUGUUUGUAAGAUUUUGUUUUAUUUUCUAAAGGUGACCUCUGUAGAAAUGCAUUUUAUCUGAAAGACUUUGAAGAUGAAGAGACCAGAGACUGUCAUCAAUGCUGCCUCACUGCAAAUCAUAUCUGCCGUCUUCUUCAUGCUUCGUUAAAUGAGAGAACAAAAGCCUUUAAAGAGUUUGUAGGGAAAUACUGGAGUUGUGCAUAUGAAAACACGCUGAGCCAUCUCUUCCUUUAACAUGACUGUCUGACACAUACACACAACAUGUGUUUCAUUUUGUUCCAAACUUUCAUUGUUAUAGAGUGAAAGGAGAGCUGCUCUGACAAGAAGGAGCUCUGGAAUCCUGUAAGUCACCUCCUC